AAAAUUUGGUUACCCUUUAUCAUGAAAAGGGCAACCAUGGCUACCUUUAAACAUUCUAGCAAAUAUGGUGUUAGAUCUAUUAGUUUACCAACUAGAUCACAUCCAAGCACAAUUCAAGUAGAAGAAGAGCUCAACAAGCUUAAAUCAUGGGAUUCAUCAUCAUCAUCAUCAUCUUUGUCAAAGGUUGAAACAAUUUGCUAUGGUCUAUUAGGCCUUGGUAAAUUGUAUAAGUGCAUAGAAGAUCUCUUGAAAUUGCCAUUGACCCAACAAGCAUUAGGUCAACAUAGAGAUGAGAAAUGGGUCAAUGAGUUCUUGGAUUGCCCCUUAAGGUUCCUUGAUCUAUUGGGAAAAACAAGGGAUUCCAUCAUGUUGAUGAAAUCAAGUGUUGAAGAUCUUCAAUCUUCGCUUAGGAGGAGAAAGAUUGGAAAUCUUGACAUUGAAGGAUACAUCUCUUCAUAUUGGAGCCUUAGAAGAAACAUUAGAAAAGAAUGCACAAAAAGUUUGCUUUUUUUGAAGCAAAUUGAUGAUGGGCCAUUUCCUCCUCCUCUUUUGGAUCUUGAUGAUAACCAUCUUUGUGCAUUGGUAAGAGUUCUUAGAGAAUCAAGUUUGAUCACAAGCUCAAUUUUCCAAUCACUUUUUGUGUUCCUUUCUUCAUCAAUCUUGAAAUCAAAGCCUACUAAAUGGGCAUUUGUGUCAAGAUUGGUGCAUAAGGGUGUUCUUAUUUCUUGCAACAACAAUCAACAAGAGAAUGUUAAUGCUCUUGAAAAAGUGGAUCUAUCACUUUGCAACUUGGAACUUACUAUUAUGGAGAAUUUGAACAAAGAAGAAGUGGGUUUGAGGAUUCAAUCUACAAAUAGAAGCCUUGAAGCUUUGGUAUUAGGAAUUCAAGGGAUUGAAGAAGGGUUAGAGUGCUUGUUUAAGCAUUUGAUUAAUACUAGGGUGUCUUUUCUUAAUAUAAUUUCUCCUUGAGCAUAAUAUAUUUUUAAUUUUAGGCAUGUAUAGUAUAUAGUUAUGCAUAUUUGGAGGUUUGCUUGAACAUAUUAUUAUAUUUUUCCAGAUGUAUAGAUACAUAUGUAGUUGUUAGGUGCCAUUAAUGAUGAAGCGAUAUUGUACACUCUGCUUGUUAAUCAAAGUUUUGUUCACUCAAAUAUUGUGA